UCCCAAUAUCUCUCUUUAAUUUCUGUCCGUUUCUCUUAUCAAGUUCUUCAAUUGAUGAAUGCUGAUACAAAUUUGAUUCCUCGGUCGCUGAAUUCGAUCAUAUCUGCUGUUUCGGCGUUUAAUUUAUGUUUCGCGUGGUUUUUGGAUAAACCCUAAAUUUUCGUGCUGCUGUGACCUGCGUUUGAAUAUGAGUUGAAGUGGUAUGAUUGGUACAUGAUCUGUUAGUGUUGAGUUUAUAAUGUCCGGGAAGUCUAGGUUUGAAGCACCUGCUAGCCCGGACUCGGGUUUUGCAGGCAACUUCAGCAAUGGGCAGAGAGGCAAUUAUUCUGGUUCCACUGGUGGUGCUGACAGCCGGAUGUUUGGCUAUGGGAAGGUUACAUCUCGUAUCAGUGGUGCGGGAACUGGGGAGAUGCCUCCGCUGUCACAAUGUCUGACAUUGGAUCAAAUUAAGAUGGGUGAUCAAAAAUAUCCACGGUCAGGUGAAUUAAGGAGGGUUCUUGGAAUUUCAGUUGGGAGCACCUUAGAAGAUAAUGCUUUUGGUGCUACGCAUUUGAAGACUUCUCCUCCUGUGUCUACAGAGGAGGUAAAACGCUUAAGAGCUAAUCUUGCAGAUACAUGUGGUAAAGCUAGUGGCAGAGCAAAAAAGUUUGACGAGCUCUUGCAUAAAUUGAAUAAAUUUGGUGAAGUCACAAAGAAGCAGCUACGUAAUGAGGCAUUGACAAAUGAAAGAUCAGGUAGUUCGAAUUUAAAGAUGGGAACUCAGGUUCAUAGAGGCCUUUCAGAUCAAGCGACUCUGAAGACAGAGGAUCGCACUAAAAAUGUUAAUCUAAAUAAGCGUGUUCGCACAUCAGUGGCAGAAACUCGGUCUGAAUUCCGGGGCAAUGGUCAACCCAGGCAGCCGUUACUAAUGACAAAAGACCGAGAUAAAGUAAAACAAAGUAAUGCAUCAACUGAUACGGCUGAAGAAAAGAUUCGCAGAUUGCCAGCAGGAGGUGAAGGCUGGGACAAAAAAAUGAAAAGGAAACGCUCAGUUGGUUCUGUCACUUCAAGACCCAGUGAUAAUGAUGGCGAACCGAAACGAAAUGUGCAUCAUAAAUUUAACAGUGAACUGGGGUUAUCAUCUUGUGAUCCACAUAGUUUGAGAUCAGGAACAUUUGGUGGUGCUGGUGGCAAUAGCAAGUUGGAGGGUACUUUGUCUACUACUAGUGCUCGUGCCACACUGAAAAAUGAACGAGAAAAAUCUCCUCUCUCUAGGGGUUUUACUGCUGGGUUAAAUAAGGAGAAAGCUUUAGCAAAAGGAAGCAUUAAACUCAAUAGUUGUGAGGAGAGUCAUGCUGCCAGUCCCAGUCCAAUAACAAAAGGAAAGGCAUCAAGGGCAUCACGAAGUGGUUUGGUGGUUGGAAAUAAUUCAUCCCCUACUAUUCCUCGUAUACCUGGAACUUUGGAGAGCUGGGAUCAGCCAUCUAAUCUAAAUAAAAGCCUUUGUAUAGGUGGGGCCAAUAAUCGCAAGCGCCCAUUGCCUGCAGGGUCCUCCUCACCACCCAUAACUCAAUGGAUUGGACAGAGGCCUCAAAAAAUUUCUCGGACAAGGAGGGUUAAUCUUGUAUCUCCAGUUUCAAACAAUGAUGAGAUGCAAAUGUCGUCUGAGGGAUGUUCUCCUUCUGAUUUUGGUGCUAGAUCAACUUAUAACACAGUAAAUGGUUCUCUUCUAUCAAAGGGGGCAACCAGUGGCACCCAAAGUUUCAAAGUCAAACCUGAGAGCGUUUUAUCCCCUGGCAGAUUAUCAGAAAGCGAAGAAUCUGGUGUUGGUGAAAACAGAUUUAAAGAGAAAGGUACAGUCAAUAGUGAGGGAGAGGAAAAAACAGUAAAUGGUAUUCAGAAUACCAGACCUCCUAUGGCACAUACGAAGAAGAAUGAACUUGUCAAAGACAACGUUGGUGAUGGUGUACGAAGACAAGGACGCAGUGGAAGAGGUUCGUCAUUUGCAAGAGGUGAUAUUUCUCCUGCUAGGGAGAAGUUGGAUAACUUAUCUAUGCCCAAGCCACUUCGGGGUAUGAGGCCUGCUUCUGAUAAGAACUGCAGUAAGUCAGGCCGACCUAUGAAAAAGCAAUCAGAACAGAAAGGGUUUUCUCGUCUUGGGCUUCCAGUGAGUGGUGGUUCCCCAGGUUUCACUGGGGAAUCAGAUGAUGAUCAGGAGGAACUCCUAUCAGCUGCAAAGUCUGCUUACAACUUUAAUAUUCAUGCUUGUUCAAGUGUAUUCUGGAAGAAAGUGGAAUCCUUGUUUACAAUGGUCAGUUCAGAAGAGAAGACGUACUUAUUAGAGCAGUUGAAAUCAGCCAAGGAACUUCAUACGGAUCUAACUCACAUUUCAUGCUCCAAUAAUGGUGUUAUGGGUGAUAAUGUGCAAGAUGAGAUUUCCGCCUCUGAUGUUCUUUCUGAUGACCAAGAUAGAUGCAAGAAGAAUUCAAUUGAAUCAAAAGAAUCAGCUAAUACAUCAUAUGUUGUAGAUAGAUUCCAAGAGUCCAUGUUAUAUGCAAAUCUAGACUCUGACAGAAUACAGAGCGAAGAAACUUCACUUUAUCAGAGAGUAUUAUCAGCUCUCAUUGUGGAGGAUGACAUUGAAGUAUACGAGGAAAAUGGUUUUGAAAAGGAUUCACCUGAUGAUGCAUCCCCUUUUGUUGAUUCUGGAAAUAAAAACAGGGGAGGGAUGGAGUUUGAAUGUGAGUCCAGAAUAUCUGUUCAGUUACAGAAAAAUGGAACCACAAACAGAUUCGCUCAGUGCAAUGGGCAUAAUUCUUGCAAUAGCACACGUGCUCAGGAUCCUCCUUGUAGUACAGAAGUGUUGCUUGGUGAUAGUGGAUAUACACAUUCAGAUGCCAGACUGUUGGUUGACCUUUCUAGAUGUAAUGACGACUGUCCAGAAAAUUCAUUGACAAGUAGCUUUGACAUUUCCUCCUUUGAUCACCAAUAUGCGCAAAUGCCUGUUAAUGAUAAACUCUUGCUGGAACUGCAAAGUCUCGGCCUUUGUGUAGAAACUGUGCCUGGUUUAGAGGAUAAAGAAGAUGACAUGAUCAACCAAGAAAUUAUGCAGCUAGAGAGGGGAUUGAGUCAACAGAUUGGUAGAAAGAAGACACGCCUGGAUAAAAUGGCCAAGACUAUGGAAGGCAGAGAAGAUGUGGAUUGCUGGGACCCGGAGCAGGUUGCAAUGAAUAAACUUGUUGAGGUGGCUUACAAAAAGCUCUUGGCUACUCGAGGAAGUCUUGCUGCCAAAAUCGGGGUUCCUAAGGUGUCGAGACAGGUGGCUUUGGCUUAUGCGAGGAGAACACUAGCUAGAUGUAGGAAGUUUGAGGAAUCAGGAACAAGUUGCUUUAGCGAGCCAUCACUUAGGGACAUUAUUUUUGCCCCCCCUCAUCAGAUGGUUGAGGCUGAGCUUUUAACAGGGCCCUUCAUUGGCAGUGCUGAUGGAGAUAUGGAUUCUCGUGAUACAUCUAAUCACCAGUCUGAUCAGGCAUUUGUUAGAACCGGGCCAAUUUCAAACAGAGGAAAGAAAAAAGAAGUAUUGCUUGACGAUGUCAGUGGCACUGCCUCUCGGGCAACGUCCACUCUGGGUGGUGCAAAAGGCAAAAGAAGCGAGAGAGAUCGGGAUUCAGCAGCGAGAAAUGAAAUUCCCAAAGCUGGGCACUUAUCGCUGGGCAACUCAAAGGGCGACCGCAAGACCAAAACAAAGCCAAAACAGAAGACAGCUCAGCUGUCUACAUCAGGGAAUGGAACUUACAACAAGAAGUUUUCAGAACCAGUAAUGCCUCUGAAUUCUGGAGAAUCGGGCAACGCUAAUGGAAAGAUGAAAAUCGAGGGUAAUGUUCCUUUAAAUUCACCCAGACAGCCCAAGGAAUCUGCAGACUUGUCAAAUUUGCCAUUAAACGACAUUGAUCAGAUAGGACUAGAUGAUGCACCUGAUAUCGGUGGAGCUCAGGAUUUGAAUUCUUGGUUCAACUUUGAUGAUGAUGGCCUACAAGAACACGACGACUGUAUUGGCCUUGAAAUACCCAUGGAUGAUCUUUCAGAGCUAAACAUGUUUUAGUUGUCACUUACCGGUGUACAUUCUUGUGCAUAAUAUGAACUGCUAGGGACUGGAGAAAACAUUUGAUUUCUUGUUUGGACAGAAGUGCUAGCCCUAGCUAUAUAUAAUGCCCAAUUGGUAAACUGUAAUUAUGCCCAUUCUUUUUGUAUACUCUGUUAAAGUCUCAAAAGCAAUGCUCACAGAACUCCAAGUUUUGUGUAGUUUAGCCUAUAAUGAAUUUUGAGAACAUUUUUUUAGUGAGCAAUUUUGCUAAAUCUAUUUUUUUCCUUUCAUGUUUAGUCAUCAA